AAUACGUGCAAAUGGAUAACGUGGUGAACUGUAUAUUUCUUUUUGUAUUAUUUAGCUCAGUUACCACAACGAGUAUAGCAGAGGAGACGACAAUGACGACAGAAAGAACAGUAGCAGAAAAGACUAACAGCACGAGUAGAGUAAAUGUUACAACAGAAAACAGUAAAAAAGGAUACGAUGCACCAAUAAGCAGGUUAGUCCAGGAAUUGAAUGAUACUGAUAUAUUACCAAUGAACAUGAACAUGUCGGCAGGAAAACCAGCGCUGAGGCACCAUGUUGCACAUUUUUGCCCUAAUCUAGAUGUGGCGAGAGUUUGUAUUAGAAAAUGUAUGACAUAUGGCGCGCCAGCAUUUUGUGGCAAAGACCAUAUAUGCUAUUGCGGACAUCGUUAUGAAGAUUUCGAUAAUUCAAAUGAAAUUAAUACCACAAUAGACCCAGAUGAAAACCCUUAUAAGGAUCUCUAUGAGCGUUAUUUUGGAAUAAAGACAACAUCAACAACAACACAGACACCAGCAAGUACGACAACAACAACAACAACGACAACAACACCAUCAACAACAACGGAAGACAUGCGGGCACUAGAUAUCAUGGAUUGGAUUCCCACUAACAUUAAAAACGCUUCGGCACAUAAGCAUUGUGCUAUAAUAGCUGGGUAUAAAGGAGUUGAUGGUAUUCCACAAAUGGUCAUCAGAGCUAGUAUUAACAAGGCUUUGGUUCCCGGCAAACUACCUGAAAAUGACAAGGCUGCUUAUAUAGGUUGGGAUAGAAAGCAACAUAAAGUGUUCGACUUCGAGAUAUGCUGCGUCAGAAACAAAGAGGAAAUUAUUUGGAAAACAGUGGAGUCUGGAAUUAUACCUGAAAAAGCGGUAGUGGCUGGUUACACUGCAGAUGGAGUGGAUCUGUAUAUUGGCAGGACUGCCGUGCUAGGAGAACUUACAUCUGGAGCGGUUCAUUCUGUGUACAAAGCAAUACACGUAGCGUCUAACGGUAAAGAAGUAAUCAAUGAUAGGUUUGAUGUACUGGUUCGUAAUUUAUAAAUGUCAUUCGUGAAUGUUUUACAAACAUUCUUAAUGUAAUUAAUUGAAUAUAAAAUCUU